AUGAUUUAUCAAAGAUUUUUUGUGGGGUUGUUGGUGUUGUUGAUCCAGGCAAAUCUAAUAGCCUUGGGCCAACCUAAUUGCGGCAAUUACACCAGCGACAGCGCAUACAGAGCUAAUCUCAACGCCACUCUCUCUUCUCUCUCAACAAACAUCGGCAACGAUGGCUUCUACAACGCCUCAACCGGGAAGGGACCCGACAGAGCCAACGCCGUCGUCCUAUGCAAGGGCGACCUCCAACUCAACGAGUGCCGCGAAUGCGUGAAAGAAGCCGGAGCCGCUGUCAUGGAAUCGUGUCCGGUUGCGAAGCAGAACAUAUACUUGGGUGAAUUAUGCACUUUGCGGUACUCGAACGAAUCCUUCCGCGGGACUCUGGCGACUCUUCCCAGAUACUUCGUCUAUAGUGACGAGAACGUGACGAGUCCAGAGCAGUUUAAGAAGGAUCUGAGGAACCUGCUCGAUGAUCUUCGGGGACGAGCCGCUGGGGGCUCGUCCACGAGGAAGGUGGCUGCUGGGAACGCAACUGCACCCGAUUUCCAAACUAUUUUUGGAUUAGUUCAGUGCACGCCGGAUUUGUCAACCGAGGAUUGUACUAGUUGUUUAAUUGGUGCCAUUUUAUAUAUACCGCUAUGCUGUGAGGAGAGUAUGCCCACCGGGGGUGCAAUCUACGUGCCCAGUUGCAAUAUUCGUUACAAGACCAUUCCAUUUUUCAAUACAACUAGACUUCAGGAGCUAGAGUUUGUCCCUCCACCUCCGUCCCCUCCUCCUAUUCUUGAGCCGCCUCCUCCUAUUCUUGAGCCGCCUCCACAGUUAUCGCCGCCAGGAAAGAAAAAUGGAAGCACGACUCAAACUAUUGUCAUAGUAAUAGUUGUCGUUGUUGCGUGCUUGAUAGUGGCUUUAUCAGCUAUCAUCUUUCUGAGAAUGAGAAAGAAACAUAAACCAACGAAAAUUCAUCAAAGCGACAUUAGCACAGUCGAGUCUGUGCAGUAUACUUUCAGCACAAUCAAAGCAGCAACAAAUGAUUUCUCUAAUCAUAAUAAGUUGGGUCAAGGCGGAUUUGGGGCUGUUUACAAGGGGGAACUACCAAAUGGUCAAGAAAUUGCAGUGAAAAGAUUAUCUAGGAAUUCCGGGCAGGGCGAUAUCGAAUUCAAGAAUGAGGUUCUCUUAUUGGCUAAGCUUCAACACAGGAAUCUGGUUAGACUAAUGGGUUUCGCCUUAGAAGGAAUGGAGAAGCUGCUAGUAUAUGAAUUUGUUCAAAAUGCAAGUUUGGAUAAAUUCAUAUUCGACUCCGUUAGGCGUUCAUAUUUGGAUUGGGAUGCACGUUACAAGAUCAUAGGGGGUAUUGCAAGGGGAAUCCUCUACUUGCACGAAGAUUCUCGUCUCAAAAUCAUUCACCGUGAUUUAAAAGUGAGUAAUAUACUUCUAGACAGUGAGAUGAGACCAAAGAUUGCUGACUUUGGUAUGGCGAGAUUGUUCGGACAAGAUGAAACGCAUGCAAAUACAAGACGAAUUGCGGGAACAUACGGAUAUAUGCCACCAGAGUACCUUAGACAUGGCCAGUUCUCAAUCAAGUCCGACGUCUACAGCUUUGGAGUACUAGUCAUUGAAAUCAUCAGCGGCCAUAGAAAUUAUGGUUUUCAAAGCGAGGAUGGCACCCUAGGGGACCUUAUGAGCUUCGCAUGGAAAUGUUGGCAAGAAGGAAGAGGUGAAGAAGUGGUGGAGCCAUUUUUGAGAAAUGGUUCGGGUUCGACAAAUGAAAUGCUGAGAUGCAUCCAUAUUGGUUUGCUGUGUGUUCAGGAAAAUGCAGCGGAUCGACCAACCAUGGCUUCUGUGAUGCUUAUGUUGAGUAGCUUCUCCAUGACCCUAAAUAUACCUUUGGAGCCUGCAUUUUAUUCUAACGGUGGUGGUGGUGGUGGUGGUGGUGGUUGUGAGGUUUUGAGGAUUGGUUCCUCAAGAAAUCAAGCUUCCAUUACUGACUUACAACCACGCUGAGUCCCUAAAAAACUGUGUUUUUAUUCUAUUUUUCUUCUUCACUAGUUGCAAUGUUAGUUUAUUUAUUCACAUAUUUUCUACUCCUUCGCCCCCUAUACGUGUCUCACUUUGAUCCGAUUUGAGUUUAAAAAUAUAAAGAAAAUUGGGUUGAAAAAGUUA